AUGAUGGCCUCCAGCGACGUGGACGUCAGAGCUGACGGUUCUCUGUUUUCUGACCAAAACCCAUCAGAAAUGGACGCUCUGUGUCCCUCUCCCCCCGGACCCACCCGACCCCAGCGGAACUACGAGAGGAUCGGAGGGAGGACGGGAACCUCCUUUUGCCAGACUCUGAUCCACCUGCUGAAAGGAAACAUCGGCACCGGCCUCCUGGGGCUGCCUCUGGCCGUGAAGAACGCCGGGCUGGUGCUGGGACCCGUCAGUCUUCUGGUCAUGGGCGUCAUCGCCGUCCACUGCAUGAGGCUGCUGGUCAAAUGUUCUCACCACCUCAGCGCCAAGAUGAACCGGCCGUCUAUGACCUACGGCGAGGUGAUGCAGUAUGGGAUGGAGAACGUGGAUUGGCUCAGGAGACACUCGCACUGGGGACGACGGAUAGUGAACCUGUUCCUCAUCAUCACCCAGAUAGGCUUCUGCUGCGUCUACUUCGUCUUCCUCAGCGACAACGUCAAGCAGGUGGUGGAGGCAGCUAACGCCACCACCUUCAGCUGCCAAACCAACUACUCCAACCAGACCCAGGUCCUGGUCCCCAGCUUCGACUCCCGCCUCUACAUGCUCUUCUUCCUGCCCUUCUUCGUCCUGCUGGUCUACACCCCCAACCUGAAGUUCCUGGCCCCCCUCUCUCUGGUGGCCAACCUGGUCAUGACGGCCAGUCUGAUUCUCAUCUACUUCUACUCGCUCACGAACAUCACCAACCCCACCGACCUACCAAAGGUUGGCCGACUGAAAGACUACCCUCUCUUUUUCGGGACGGCCAUCUUUGCCUUCGAAGGGAUCGGAGUGGUGCUUCCUUUGGAGAACAAAAUGCAGAGACCCCAGAGGUUCUCCCUGGUUCUGUACUCGGGGAUGGGCAUCGUCACCUUCCUCUACAUCAGCCUGGGUACCAUAGGAUACAUGUGCUUUGGAGAGCACAUAGGUGGGAGCAUCACCCUGAACCUGCCAAACUGCUGGACCUAUCAGGCCGUGAAGCUGCUCUACUGCUUUGGGAUAUUCAUCACCUUCGCCCUGCAGUUCUACGUCCCCGCGGAGAUCCUCAUCCCCCCCGUGGUGGCCCGUGUGCCGGAGAGGUGGGAGACGCCCGUGGACCUGCUGCUCCGCACCAUCCUCGUCAUCUUCACAUGUGCCCUGGCCAUCCUGAUCCCGGAGCUGGACCUGGUCAUCUCGCUGGUGGGCUCGGUGAGCAGCAGCUUCCUGGCGCUCAUCUUCCCGCCCGUCCUGCAGCUGGUGGCCUUCCACACGGAGGGCCUGUCGCCGCUGGUCACCGCCAAGAACGUGCUGAUCAGCGCGGUGGGGCUGGUGGGCUUCCUCACGGGGACCUACGUGGCCGUGGAGCAGAUCAUCGCGCGGAACGGACUCAAGCACGAGGAGGCCGCGUCGGCCUACAUGGUGCAGUGA